AUAAUAUUUCAGCAAUGAAGCCACAAUUUGAAUUUGAAUUUGAAAACUUAUAGAAUGGAUAAAACUAGAAAGAAAUUAACUAGUGAAGUAAAUAACAGAGUACCAGUGGUAUUGGAAUGCUAUAGAAAUGUUGAAUGGCAACGGGUUGUUCAUUCUCCAUUUGGUCCAGUCUUCAAGACUGGUGUACUUCCAACUAGAGGUUACUGGGUGCCAGAGCCGCCACCAGUCCAAUAUCUAUACCGGCCAAUUCCAGUAGCUCUACCAUACAAGUCAAAUCAAGGACCACUUUGGUACCCAAGCUCUCCUAUGUGCAGCCAACAUGCCUCGUGGGAUUCUACAUCAAGUGCAUCUUCUCCUCAUCCAAUCUCCACAUCCACUCCAAGGAUGGGUGUCAAUUUGAGAGAUCAAAAGAUGAUUGUGCAAAGAAAACCAAUUACCAUCACAAAACCUCCAGAACCCCAACAAAAUCAGAGUAAAAAAGUAGAUAGUGGCAAUAAAGUAGACAAAAAUAAUGAAAACAGUGCAUCACUAAACAAAUCAAAUAAAGUAAAAGAUCAUACAUCAAAAACAGACAACCGCACGAAAAGUGAUGACUGCUGUAAAUCACAUGAAAGUAGAAAGACAAGACACCGUAAAGAUAGAAAAGGAACAAUAAAAGAUAAGAAACCUCAAAACGUAUCUGGACUUCAAAACAAAAACAGAAAUAAAAAAUUGUAUCCUAAGGUUGAAAGUUCACAAUGUCAAAAAAUGGACGGUAAAAUUCGUGAUAUUCCAACUGAAACAAUGAAUAAUACAAACCUCAUUGAAGAAGAAAUAUUGAAAGAGAGUAAGGACCUAUGUAUUAGAGUAGUAGAGGAAAUUCUUAAGGAUGAUAUGGAAUGGACUAUAGCUGACAGUGUUCAUGAAGAAGCGAUGGAUGUCUCUGAUAACCAAGAUGUUCCUAAGGAUGGUGACAAUGGAAGGGAAAUGCAUGCAAAGGAUACUGAGAUGUCAUCACCAAAUAGUGAAACUGUGAAAUCAACAAAAAACAAUGAGGUAAAUUCAUCAGAGAGUACAUUAAAGAGAUCUUUGGAAGAUGAAGGUAAUGGACCUACACAAUCCGAAUUAUCUUCAUCAGUUAGAUUCACUCCACCACAAGUGUACAAGAUUAAAAGAAUGGUGCAAAAUAGUAAAACUGAAGAGAGAAAUUCUUCAAAGGAAUGUUCAAAAUACUUAGUUAAAAGUCCAAGUUCAUCUGCUUCCGUUGCAACACCGACUUUGAAAAGCCCCAAAAGGUCAACUUCAGAGGUGAGAACACCAAUCAUCUGGGAUGACACGAUUCUUGCACCGUCAAAAGUGCGAAGUGCGACAAGAACCUCAAAAUCUGGGAGUUUAUCUAAUGGCACGCCAGAAUCAUCAAUAUUCAUUACUCCAGAAAGCACGCCGAAAUCUAUAGAAGUAGUUAGACCACGUUUUAAAAGAUCACUAAGUGAUCAUUUCGAAGAUGGCAAUUCAAGUCAUGAGUUGAGUCAAAACUCCUCAGCAUACUUCACGCCUGACAGUUCUCCUGGUGAAUAUGUGAGUUGUUACUAAUAAU